AACGCGUAGAAAGAAACAAUACAAUCUGUACAUCGAUUAUUAAACAGACAGCACUUGUCCUAUUGUCCUUUUGACCAAUUCUUCAUCUUCUUUUCUAUUCAUUGCAAUCACCUCUCUUUUCUACCUUCUCUUUCGCUUCAUUCAGAACUUGAACAAAGGGGAACCCACAAAGUGGAAAAAGGAAGAAGUUUGAUGGGUUAUAAUUCCAACCAGACUUCAUUUGUUAGUUUUAUGGGAGUCCAUACAAGGUUUAUGCAAUGAGAGUUUUACAUUUUCUAUGGCUUUUCUUGAUACCCUUUUGCCAAAUAUUAUCAGGUAAUGAGAUUUUCUUGGUUUCCUCUCAAUGUCUUGAUGAUCAAAAAGCAUUGUUGCUGCAGUUGAAGGGCAGCCUCCAUUAUGAUUCUACUCUGUCAAAUAAAUUGGCAAGAUGGAACCAGAACACAAGUGAAUGUUGCAAAUGGAAUGGGGUUACAUGUGAUGGCUCUGGUCAUGUGAUUGCCUUGGAAUUGGAUAAUGAGACAAUUUCUAGUGGAAUUGAGAAUUCAAGUGCACUUUUCAGUCUUCAAUAUCUUGAGAAGCUAAAUUUGGCUUACAACAGGUUCAAUGUUGGCAUACCAGUUGGUAUAGACAACCUCACGAACUUGAAGUACCUGAAUUUAUCGAAUGCUGGUUUUGCUGGACAAAUUCCAAUGAUGUUAUCAAGAUUAACAAGGCUGGUUACUCUUGAUCUCUCAACUCUUUUUCCUGAUGUAAUCCAUCCACUAAAACUUGAGAAUCCCAAUUUGAGACAUUUCAUUGAGAACUCAACAGAACUUAGAGAGCUUUAUCUUGAUGGUGUUGAUCUUUCAGCUCAAAGGAGCGAGUGGUGUCAAUCUUUAUCGUCGUAUUUGCCUAACUUGACUAUCUUGAGUGUGCGUACUAGUCAAAUUUCAGGCCCUAUUGAUGAAUCACUUUCUAAGCUUCAGUUUUUAUCUAUUAUCCAUCUUGACCAGAACAAUCUCUCUACCUCAGUACCUGAAUAUUUUGCCAAUUUCUCAAACAUGACUACCUUGACCCUCAGCUCUUGUAAUCUGCAGGGAGCAUUUCCUAAAAGAAUCUUUCAGGUACCAGUUUUAGAGAUUUUGGACUUGUCAAAUAACAAGUUGCUUGGUGGUAAUAUUCUGAAUUUUCCUCGAAAUGGAUCUUUGAGGACGAUAUCACUAAGCUACACCAAUUUUUCUGGUUCAUUACCCGAGUCCAUUUCCAACCUUCGGAACUUGUCCAAGUUAGACCUCUCCAAUUGCAAUUUCAGUGAACCAAUACCUUCCACAAUGGCAAACCUUACGAAUCUUGUUCACUUAGAUUUCUCCUUGAACAACUUCACUGGUUCUGUCCCAUAUUUACGAUGGUCCAAGAAACUCACCUACUUGGACCUCUCUCAUAAUGGUUUAACUGGUCUCCUCUCCCCUGCUCAUUUCAAAGGACUUUCAGAGCUUGUGUACAUAAAUUUAGGGAACAACUUACUCAACGGGAUUCUUCCUUCUUAUAUCUUUGAGUUGCCCUCCUUGCAGAAGCUUUUUCUUUAUAGCAAUCAAUUUAUUGGACCGGUCAACAAAUUCCUGAAUGCAUCCUCCUCUAUGCUGGAUACAAUUGAUUUGAGCAACAACCUUCUGAAUGGAUCGAUUCCCAAGUCCAUCUUUGAGGUUGAGAGGCUUAAGGUCCUCUCACUUUCUUCCAACUUCUUUAGUGGGACAGUGCCACUAGAUCUCAUUGGGAGUCUCAGUAACCUUACAAGACUAGAGCUUUCUUACAAUAACUUGACCAUUGAAACAGGUAGAAGCAAUUCAACCUCUUUCACUUUUCCGCAGAUGAGCGUAUUGAAACUAGCUUCUUGUCGGUUGCAACAUUUUCCUGAUCUUAAAAAUCAGCCAAGGAUAAUCCAAUUAGACCUUUCUGACAACAAAAUAAAGGGAGCAAUUCCGAAUUGGAUUUGGGGAAUUGGGGAGGGAGCUCUCACUCACCUGAAUCUUUCCUUCAAUCAGCUGGAGUACCUGGAACAGCCUUACAGUGUUUCCAGCAAUCUUAUAGUCUUUGACUUGCAUUCCAACCGAAUAAAAGCUGCAAAUAAUAACCUCACUGGAAGAAUUCCUGAAUCAAUAUGCAAGGCCAACUAUCUUCAAGUUCUUGAUUUGUCUAACAAUGCCUUGAGUGGAACAAUACCACCAUGUCUACUGGAAUAUAGUACAACUCUUGGAGUGCUGAAUCUAGGGAACAAUCAUCUCAAUAGUGUUAUACCAGAUUCAUUUCCAAUUGGUUGUGCGCUGAAAACUUUAGACCUCAGUAGGAAUUUCUUAAAAAGGGAGCUGCCAAAAUCUCUUGUCAACUGUGAGCUAUUGGAGGUCCUGAAUGUUGGAAAUAACAACCUUAUUGAUCGUUUCCCAUGCAUGUUGAGGAGCUCAGGCAAUCUAAGAGUCCUAGUCAUGCGUUCCAAUCACUUCUAUGGAAAACUUACAUGUGAUGUAACAAGAAAUAGCUGGCAGAAUCUCCAGAUCAUAGAUAUAGCUUCCAAUGAUUUUACCGGUGUGUUGAAUGCGGAAUGCUUUUCAAGUUGGAGAGGAAUGAUGGUUGAAGAUGAUUACGUGGAGACAGGACGCAAUCACAUCCAGUUUCAGUUCCUUGCACAAAGUAACUUUUACUAUCAGGAUACAGUGACAAUAACCAUCAAAGGGCUGGAGCUGGAGCUUGUGAAAAUUCUCAGGGUCUUCACAUCUAUUGAUUUCUCUUCAAAUAGAUUUCAAGGAGUGCUACCAGAUACAGUUGGGGAUCUUAGCUCACUUUAUGUUCUGAACCUGUCACACAAUGCCCUUGCAGGACCAAUUCCAAGAUCAAUCGGGAAGCUACAAGUGCUUGAAUCACUAGACUUGUCAUCAAACCACCUGUCCGGGGAGAUCCCCUCAGAGCUUGCAAAUCUCACAUUCAUAGCAUCUUUGAACCUAUCGUUCAACAAUUUAUCUGGUAAAAUCCCGCUAAGUAAUCAACUUCAAACAUUCUCGGAAGAUUCCUUUGAAGGAAACAGAGGCCUAUGCGGGUUCCCUCUCAAUGGAAGUUGCAAAAGUAAUGCUUCAGAGUUGACACCACCACCAAGUUUUGAAGAUGACACUUAUGAUUGGCAGUUCAUAUUUAUGGGUGUGGGAUAUGGAGUAGGAGCAGCAAUCUCCAUUGGACCUCUGUUGUUUUACAAGCGAGGGCGGGAAUACUGUGACAAACACUUGGAGAGAUUGCUUAAAUUGAUGUUUCCAAGAUGGGGGUUCACUUACACCAGAUAUGGCCCUGGGAAGGUUGUGGCAGUGGAACACUAUGAAGAUGAGACCCCAGAUGACAGUGAAGAUGACGAUGAGGGGAAAAAAGAAGCAUCUUUUGGGCAUUAUUGUGUCUUCUGUAGUAAACUUGAUUUUCACAGAAAGGAAGCAAUACAUGAUCCAAAAUGCACUUGCCAUAUGUCAUCAUCCCCCAUUUCUUUUCCUCAUGCACCAUCCUCUUCUUCACCUUUGUUAGUCAUAUAUAACAAAAGUUUUGAUUCUUAAGCUUUCUCUCUGCACAUUAGUAGUCUGUAUAUAUUUAAAGGUACCAUAGGAUAUUGAAUCAAAGCAAAUUCAAGUCUCUUCAAGUCA